CCGCCAGUCAGCAUGGGUAGCAACACGGGAAGCCUUCCUGCUUCCUCAGAAGCAUAAUCCCCAUCCCGGAAGAACCGUCCUCCUGCCAGGUCACCGGGCGCGACGAACUCCCCGGUGAUGAGAUCCAGAGAAGAGCAAAUGACUUGCGGUGGGAUUGCGUUUGUCACCAGAUCUGAAGAGCACUCCCAAUGGUGCCGAAGGUAGUGUCGUACGAGUGCCGGGAGUAGGGUUCGAUCCUGCUUCUCUGUUACACAAUGCGAGACCCUUUUGGCCUGGUCAACAGGCACACUCCUGCAUUCUGGGGAUAAGAUAUGCUCAGACUGCGCCGUGGGAAUCCUCGUAUAAAGAGGUGUAGACGUAAAGCAACCCACUCAACAACCCAACCCACAACCUUAUCGAUCUUACCUAUCCUUACCUUACCUUACCCUCAAAACCCUCAAAAAUGAGAUCCCUCCUCGCCCUCCUCCACCUCCUCAUCUCACCGGUCACCGCCCUCGUAACCCCCUGCAUCGUCGGCGGCACCGAGGUCCCCAUCGAAGCCCACCCCUACCAAAUCGCCCUCCUCUACGGCGGCGCCCGCACCUGCGGCGGCAGCAUCCUCAGCCCCGCGCACAUCAUCAUCACCGCCGCCCACUGCGUCGCCAGCGCCACGCCCAACCGCCUCCGCAUCCGCGCCGGCUCCGCCCGCUGCGAUGCCGGCGGAAUUCUCGUGAAUGUCUCCGCAAUCCACAUCCACCCCAAUUACUCCGCCCCGACCGCCGACAAUGACCUCGCCAUUUUAACCUUGUCCGAGAAUCUGACGUACAGCCCCAAGAUCGCGCCCGUGGGGUUGCCCGCCUUCGGGGCGGGGGUGCUCGCCUCCGGAACGGAGGUGGUGGUCUCGGGCUGGGGCGCGACCGGCGAGGGCAGCGCGAACUCCCCGAGCCUGCGGGCUGUGACGGUCGCGGUCGUCGGGAAAGAGGAGUGUCGUGCUCUGUAUCGGGGGUUCAGCCCGGUGACCGCCAGGCUGUAA